AUGUCGCGAAUGAUCAACCAACCCUCGAACCAGAUCAAGCUGACCAACGUGUCCAUGGUCCGCCUGAAGAAGGGCAAGAAGCGCUUCGAAAUUGCGUGCUACAAGAACAAGGUCAUGGAGUGGCGGUCCGGGAUCGAGACGGACCUGGACAACGUGCUGCAGAUCCCCAAUGUGUUCCUCAACGUCUCCAAGGGCCAGACGGCGCCCAAGGAGGACCUGGAAAAGGCGUUUGGAAAGGGCAAGAGCACGGACGACAUCGUGCUGGAGAUAUUGAAAAAGGGGGAGAUGCAGGUGGGCGGGAAGGAGAGGGCGGAACAGACGGAACGGGUGCAUAACGAGGUGAUUGGGAUCGUGGCGAGCCGACUCGUGGAUCCGAGGACGAAGAGGGUGUAUACGACGGGCAUGAUUGAAAAGGCGCUCGAUAUGCUGAGCUCUGCGGCGCACGGGGAUGGAGAUGACGCGCCUGGUAAGAAGGGCGGUGCCGGUGCUGGCGGAUCGAAGACGGCAAGCGGCACGGGGACGCCGGCGGGCGGGGAGGAGGGCGAGGCGAAGCCCCGCGAGAAGGGGUUCCACUGGACGGGCGUGACGACGACCAAGUCGGCCAAGUCGCAGGCGCUCGAGGCGAUGAAGGCGCUGAUUGCGGCGCAGCCUAUCCCCGUGCAGAGGGCGCGGAUGAGGCUGCGCGUGACGUGCGCGACGAGCGUGCUGAAGCAGGCUGUCAAGGAGAAGCCCGCUGCUGGUGGCAAGAAGGGAGGCGACGACGACGGAGACGAGCCGAAGCAGAAGCCCGGCACGGUUAAGGAUCGGAUCCUGGGGUUCGUGGAGCAGGUUGAGAGCCAGGACGUGCUGGGAAGUGAGUGGGAGGUCGUCGGGUUCGUGGAGCCUGGCGCGUUCAAGGGGUUGGGGGAUUUCAUUGCGGGCGAGACGAAGGGGAUGGGCAGGGUUGAGGUUUUGGAUAUGGCUGUUAUUCACGAGGAUUAA